GCGGGGCAUUUGAGGCAAGAAAAUACAGGACCUGGUUCCCUCACCCAAUGGUUUAUGCGAUGCAAGCAGGCUAGGAAGAUAAUGAGUCCAUUCCAAGAAUCCAAGGGUUCGGGGAGGUAACAGAGACUAGUUAGCCCGCCCAGCCGGGAAAGAAGGUUUGCUCCGAGAUCCCGAUCGAGAAGACGACCAUUGAUUUCUUUCAGUCCAGACUUCUAACCUCUUCUGCACCCCCGAGUCAACUCAGCUGCUCCUAUGAUUCUGCUUUUCCUUAUCCCACUCGGUCAAGUAGCAUCGCCCCGAUCCGGCUUCUUUCAUUUGUGUAGGCUUAUGCAGAGGCGGCAUAAAGGUUCAUCUUUCCUUGUGGUCUUUCGUCCAUUUGUCUUUGAGAAGUCCCAUCGGUGACCUCCAAACCAAGCAUCAUUCUCCUUUCUACGCAUCGAUACCGGUCCGAAGGUGCGAAGCGAAAGGACUGUUAAGGCUCAAAGAAUGAUCGAAAUUCCACUAAAAAGUCCCAUUGGACUCCAUUGAUCUUUGGAUAACCUGUUGGGGACUGUCUUUCUGACCCGGGCUGACUCAGUCUUUAGUCUUUGUCAACUCCUUACUCCGCCUGCCCCCUACUCAAUUUCUAAUCCUUCAUGAGCAGAGGACCCAUCCUCCCCAUUUUUUCUUAGAGCCUCAACUCCUACGGAGCGUCCUACGUAGCUUAAUAGAAUAUGAUCUUUCUCCUAGGCUUUUCCUGCUUUGUCCCACUCCGCGGUUCCACUUUCACUUUCUGGGAGUCUGACCUCUUCUAAGUCCGGUAUAAGAUAGAUCUACCUUCAUGUGCGUCUGUCUUUCGUUUCGUCUCAGUUCUUGUCGUAGAGGUAGUCUACUACGGUCUUUCAGUUGUAGGACCAUUGUCAAAGUGUCAAACUAAUUCCCUCUGGACCGAGAAGUCGAUUCGUCCCUUUAGUUUAGACUCUUUCCCUCCUGCCUUCAAGUAAGGAAUGCUUUUUCGCUUCGCACCUUUAUUGAGCUGACCAAGCAAGCGCAACCACGCUUUUUCUAUUGAGAAACUGAGCUUGAGCUGCCAGAUCGAGCGAGAGGUUGGGCCUUGAACUAAAGCUGAUUAACCUAACAACAAUUAAGAGAUUUUGGACUCUGCUUGCUUUGAGUGCAGCAAGCCGUUAGGCCGCCCUUCUACUUUAGUGCUGACGAUAUAAAAAGGUCAAAAAGCCUCGGCUAAGACCCAUAAGUGAAAUACGAUAGGCUUGACAAUUAAGUGGACGAACCUUCAAAAAAUAGCCAAGAUCGGUUCUUCAAGAAGGGCUUAAAGGAACUGAGACUUGACUUCAUCAGGUUAAGAGAGAGAGGAAUCGAGGGAGAUAGGCUGCAUGGUUAGGUGGAUACUUUGAAACAGGUGAUAGCUGACCAAGUCAGUAAUCUUAUACAUAGAAUAUGCCAGUGAUAAAAGAAGAAGGAAGGAGGCUAUAAUGGAAGAAAGUGAAUAUAGUCUUGAAAGAGGGUGAAGGUGUCCGACUAUCGAUGCUGAGAAUCCUACUUCUUGAUUCAGAAAUGGAAGAAGAUAACUUGCGCAACUGAGAGACCCUACAUCAGGUCGAGCCCUUGAUCCUGGGCGAUUCCCCUUGAAUGAUCUUCCCCUUAGGCUAGUCCAACAAAGGAGACUCAGAGCCUCUCCAGGUUCCGCACCCUACUACUUUACCUAGCUUCUGAGUUCAGUUAGUCAGGAUAGACGGAUGGAGAUUGAAGAAUCAGUCUGCGGAGAUCCGGCUUCUGCCUCUCUUUCCUUUGUGAGUCGGUCGAGCUACCAAGCGAUUCAGAUCAUUAUGGUCGAUCGGUCUAAGAUCAGAGAAGAAGAAGAAAAGAGUGAGUUGGAGAUAGGCUUUCUUCUUUUCUCCUUUCUAAUCCCACGUAGCGGUAGAAUAGGACCGGAUUGAGUAGGGUGUUGAGGGAAUUGUGUUCAGAACAGUUUCAAAAGGGAAUUGAUUCUCAGUGGAAUGAGAGACUGAAAGCGAGACAGAAGGCAUCGGGGCGGGGGCCCCCUUGCAGCUGAGUCAGAAUACGAUCAGUGAGUAGAAUAGGAGGGAAUUUCUAUCAUAAUCAACUCUUUCACUUCCUAGGACCAUAAAGAAGAUUAGUAGGAACCUUGUAUCGACCAAAGCAAGAUAGUCUUAGUCAGAAAGGAGAGAGCGGAAGUCUCAGUUUCAUGAGUAACUCAAAGACAAAUAAAUAGAUGAUGAAUUCUUCCAUUAUAUUAUAAGAAAGGGAAAGAGGCUCAAAGAUCAUUGAAUAAAGAGCUCAAAGAAUGUGAAAAGCGACUGAAAGUUCGCCUUUUAUAUAGGCCUAAUUCAUUAAUAUGGAUUUCUUUCGUUGCAUUGCACUCCUGAUAAUAUUCUCAUUCAGUCCUUUCGCUUUCUUUAUGAAAUUCCUUGUUCAUUGACUCCUUAUCAGUCGACUUUCUUCGAACCUGAAAACAAAGUCUCGCUCCUCUCCUUCCUAACCUCAGUCGAGCCGCUUUCGCUCCUCUCCUUCCUAACCUCAGUCGAGCCGCUUUCGCUCCUCUCCUUCCUAACCUCAGUCGAGCCGCUUUCGCUCCUUCGCUCCUUCUAAUUGGAUAAGGAAGUCCUCGCAACCCUUGUUCAUUGAUUCCUUAUUGGAGAGUUAUUUCAUAAUGCACUCCUGAUAAUAUUCUCAUUCAGUCCUUUCGCCUUCUUGAUUCAAGCCUGAUUAUCAUCAUUGACUCCUUAUCAGUCGACUUUCUUCGAACCGCCCCGUGGGAGUCGAGUUCUUCCCUGAACCUCCGGACGGACCCUUAUUUAAGAAAUCCUCUCAUUGAGGACCUUUGUUUUGGAGGGGUCAAGACGAGCGAAAGCGGCUCGACUGUCAGGUUCAGAGCGAAGGUACUCGUAGUUUGAAAUGGAGCGAAGCAGCUCUACGUUUUCAAUAUAGGUUCAGAGCGAAGGUACUCGUAGUUUCAAAUAUAGGUUCAGAGCCGUAGUUAGGAGUCUGAGAGCGGUACUCCGCGAAAGAAAGAAGAAAAAAGAUCAAAGAUUAAGCUACUCCAGUUGAGUUGAGAAAGAGGUGAAAGCCACUAAACCUACUCAAAAGAGGAAUUGAAUUUUGAUGGCUCAGUUGUUCACUUUGCAUAAAACCCCAAUUGAGGUAGUCACUCCAUUUCCUUCUUGUCCCCUGAGCCUAUACCCUCUCCCUAGAAGAACCUAAAAUAAGUACGAAAGCCUAGGUACGUGGUAGUUUCAUUCUUCUUCGGACGUCGAUCAAUCUAUCCGUCAUUGUCUGAUUUUUUGUUGUCUGAUCACACUCUCAAUUAUGUAUCUACUUAUCGUCUUUUUGCCCCUGCUCGGUAGUGGAGUAGCAGGUUUUUUCGGACGUUUUCUAGGAUCUGAAGGAACCGCUAUAAUCACCACUACGUGCGUUUCAUUCUCUUCUCUCUUCUCUUUUCUUGCUUUUUAUGAAGUCGCACUGGGAGCUAGUGCUUGCUAUCUAAGAAUUUCUCCAUGGAUCUCAUCGGAAAUGUUUGAUGCUUCUUGGGGCUUCUUUGGCGACCGUGAAGUCACCGGAUGAAUUGCCGAGUAGAUAGAUCAGAUCCGGACGCGGCUCUUGCGUAGCGGCGAUACGGACUCGACCCGCUCCUACCCCACCCCGGGGCACCAUAGCAUGUCGGGAAUAAGGGGGGGACAUACUAGACGUAAGCACUCCUGGGGGCUGUGCCGCCCUGCCUUUCGAUCGAUACACAGUUGAGUAGGCCGAUCACGAACGCUAGAGGUGUGGGAGCGAUCCAGGUCAGGGAAGGCUAAGACGGCGCCUCGCAUAUGGGUAGCAAGAGGGCGCUUAUGCCCCGACGGUGGGGCCUUAUGGGGAAGGGCCCAGCCCAAUAGGGACAGCACACCCCCCACUGAAAGCGCACCUCUGUAUCGACUUCUCUUUUAGUCUAGUCGGUGGAACCGGUGAACCACGCGAGCAGGUUAGAUGCGUGGGGCAGAGGGCUCGUAGUACCCCCCUUUUCUUUUCUUGAUCCAGCCUUUUCUUCGCUUCGGUAGUGACUACUCAAAAAAGAGGCAGGCCUGCACCUAUCUCUGAUGAUGUUGAGACUACUAAGGCAGGCGGUGGACUCUUGAAUUAGGGAAGGGAAGAAGGGGCCUAAGCACGGCGGAUGCCGUAGACUUGAGUGGCAAAGGAAAGGGAGAGAGUACCUCUUUUUCCAGGCCUCUUCGGACAUAGGGUUCCCGCGGAAGAUCAAGUUGGUGAGCCGUGUGAUGGGAAACCUUCCCGCACGGUUCGGAGAGCACUGAAUGAGAAUGAGAGGUUCACCACCACAUCAUUGCAUGCAAGGGGAGCUCGCUCGAUUCGCAAAAGGGUCCGACUCGUAAUUCACUUCUGACUCCGUGUUCGAUAGCCCGACCGUAGUGAUGUUAAUUGUGGUUACAUCCAUAAGUAGCUUGGUCCAUCUUUAUUCCAUUUCAUAUAUGGAAGAGGGAUCCGCAUAGCCCUCGAUUUAUGUCUUAUUUUAUCCAUUUUUACUUUUUUUAUGCCAAUGUUGGUGACUGGAGAUAACUCUCUUCAAUUAUUCCUGGGAUGGGAGGGAGUAGGUCUUGCUUCAUAUUUGUUAAUUCAUUUCUGGUUUACACGACUUCAGGCAGAUAAAGCAGCUAUCAAAGCUAUGCCUGUCAAUCGAGUAGGUGAUUUUGGAUUAGCUCCUGGGAUUUCGGGUCGUUUUACUCUCUUUCAAACAGUAGACUUUUCCACCAUUUUUGCUCGUGCUAGUGCCCCCAGAAAUUCUUGGAUUUCUUGCAAUAUGAGAUUGAAUGCCAUAACUCUGAUUUGUAUUUUACUUCUUAUUGGUGCUGUUGGUAAAUCCGCACAGAUAGGAUCGCAUACUUGGUCACCCGAUGCUAUGGAGGGUCCCCACUCCAGUACGAUUCAUGCAGCUACUAUGGUCACAGCUGGCGUUUUCAUGAUAGCAAGGUGCUCCCCUUUAUUUGAAUACCCACCUACGGCUUUGAUUGUUAUUACUUCUGCAGGAGCUACGACCUCAUUCCUUGCGGCAACCACGGGAAUAUUACAGAACGAUCUAAAGAGGGUCAUAGCUUAUUCAACUUGCAGUCAAUUAGGCUAUAUGAUCUUUGCUUGCGGCAUCUCUAACUAUUCGGUUAGCGUCUUUCACUUAAUGAAUCACGCCUUUUUCAAAGCAUUACUAUUCCUGAGUGCAGGUUCGGUGAUUCAUGCCAUGUCGGAUGAGCAAGAUAUGCGGAAGAUGGGGGGUCUUGCCUCCUCCUUCCCUUUGACCUAUGCCAUGAUGCUCAUGGGCAGCUUAUCUCUAAUUGGAUUUCCUUUUCUAACUGGAUUUUAUUCCAAAGAUGUAAUCUUAGAGCUCGCUUACACUAAGUAUACCAUCAGUGGGAACUUUGCUUUCUGGUUGGGAAGUCUCUCUGUCCUUUUCACUUCUUAUUACUCUUUUCGUUCACUUUUUCUAACAUUUCUAGUACCAACUAAUUCAUUCGGGCGAGACAUCGUCAGAUCUCAUGAUGCGCCCAUUCCUAUGGCCAUUCCUUCAAUACUUCUGGCUCUCGGGAGUCUCUUUGUAGGAUACUUGGCCAAAGUGUGACCCGUUAGCCCAUAAGUCAGUACUGUGACGAAGCGGCUCUUGCUCACCCGACACGAUCGUACGAGGUCACAAUGAACCCAAGACGAGAAUCAAUCGGGGGUGAACAAGAAUUGGGGAUCGGAUGCGGGCGAAAUUCCCGCCAAUGGCUGAGAUGUUCAGUCGACUCCCUCCCCCUUUGUGGGGGUCCGGACCCUACGAGUGAGCAGAAAAGGGAGGAGGAAAGAGGCCCUGGCGAACCCUCAUAAUUAGUGAACAAGUGUAAGCUUCGCUGCCCGACAGUAUGGAGU